CGUGGGUCGCGACUUGGGGCUCUUUCCCUGAAUCUGUUCAAGCUAGUUCCUUAGGCCAUAUAAUAAUUUAGUCCCUUGAUACUUCAAUUGACCUGAGGUCUUUCUCUCCUAUCUAAUCUUCAUUAAUGCAACUUCACAAUCAUCACAAUUACAAUUACAUAGGAACUGCUAUCCUUUCUAUGUCUUACAUUGUUCUUACCUUUUCAUCAUCAUAACACACAGUGCAAGAAUAACUCUAACCAAUUCAUUGCCUAUUUAUCAUACCUAAAAGUAAAACAACUUGGUCGUGAUAUCCCAAUCCAUCAAUUCAACAUGGCUGGUCCUGCAGUCAAGCAGCAACGCCGGAAGGCAUCAGUCAAAUCUAAGGUCACCACUUCCCAGCAACAUGCAUCCUCGAGUAUCAGUAGCUUCGCCCGUGUCUCAAAGACCACAACCACGAUCGACGUCAAGAAGGAGCAGCGUACCCAGAUCACUACACCGAAGAAGGAACUCAACUUGAAGCCAAUCACACCCGCCUCUCGAAAGCGUAAGGUGGUUGCGAGCGUUGAAGACGAUACAUCAGCAGACGAGACCCCGACUAAGUUUGUAUUGCCUGCUGUAAAAUCGGCAAGAAAAGUCGCCCAGCCUGUGAAACGUGGCCGUCCUUCGAAGAAGCCUCGUUCUACCGGGCCUGAGCCUUCCCCAAACAAGCGAGCACGAAGCCCCAGCGUUUCGGACUCAGAGGAGUCGGUGAAUGCCGGCACACUUUUCAAGAGGUUACGAUUGGAAUCAUCUCCAUCCCGUUGCUCUUCUCCUCUUACUGCCGAAACCGCCCUUACCGACUCUGAAGUCGAUAUCGAUCUUACCGCAAAGCCUGGACAACUUCCCAAUGAGGUUCUAGCUCUGAUCGAUCUCCACUCUUCAUUCCUAAAAACUCUGACACUACACUACGUCCACAAUGGAUCGAACGUGCCCGCGGACUUGCGCAUCCUGUGCCCUAAUGUGGCCCGAGCAUGGGGCAAGAAGAAGGUGACGGAUGCGGAUAUUCGAAUUUGUCUAGGUGUUCUCAACCUUGCCUCAAGCAACGCAUCUCAGAUUCAGGACAAACCCCUAUUCACGCUUUCGAACUAUGGACGCGGCAAAAUCUGCGUGGAAACCGACUCUGCCCAACACGGUUCUCGAUGUCCGCUAAACGAGAAGAAGCUUAACGGUCUAUUCCACGAUAACUUGAUGACUCUGUGGUCCCAAUUCAUAACUGCAAACAAUGGCGAAGCGAAUCCUGCUACGUUCACCAGCACGCUACCCAAGGCCCCAGUUACCCUUUGCGCAUCGCUCGCCAAGGCUGCGCCCGUCCUAUUAAAGGGCCAAAAACGACUCGAGGAACUGAAGCACGGCAUUGCGAUCAAGAAGCAGGAGAAGGAAGCCAAGAUCACCGCGAACAAAUUGCAACAACAAAAACCUCAGGGCAGCGAUGCCCCAGCUACGACAACAGCCACCGAUGCCCCGAAGAUGAGCCUUCUCGACCGCAUCCGCCUAAAGUCCCUCCAGAAAGCCUCCGCACCAGCAGGCCUCACACCAGCCCAACUGGAGCGCCGCGCCGCCUUGCAGCGUGCCCCUGAGGUCGCGGCCCUCCUCGGCAUGCUGAGCCGCGCCGGCGGCCAAGGUGGUAGCCGUGUAUCCUUCACAAUGGCGGCGACGCUGAUCAAGCUCAAGGACUCCUUUCGCAUGGGAAUCUCGCGCGAGGAGGGCGCCGUGUGCGUGCGGCUGCUCGCGGCGGAGGUGGCGCCGGAAUGGGUGCGUGUCAUUACGAUUGGGGGAAGGGAGAAUGUGGUUAUUGAGGUGGAUCGGGAGGUUAGUAGGAACGAGGUCGAGGGGAGGGUUAGGGGGUUGUUGGAGAGAGAGUAGAGUAGAGGAUGUGGUGGAUGUGUAGAGAGGAAGAAAGGGUGUGGAAUUUGGUGGAAAGGGGGAGAGGAGGUGGAAGAUAGAAGGCGGGUUUGCCUGGUUGAUUUUUACAUGC